CCGUGUUCUGGGAGCGCUGUAAUGAACUGCAGGACAUCGAGAAGAUCAUGGCUCAGAUCGAGAGAGGAGAAGCCCGUAUCCAGAGACGCAUCAGCAUUAAAAAGGCCCUCGACGUGAAGAUAGCGCGGUACAAGGCUCCGUUCCACCAGCUGCGUAUCCAGUACGGCACUAAUAAAGGGAAGAACUACACAGAGGAGGAGGAUCGCUUCCUGAUCUGCAUGCUGCACAAAAUGGGCUUUGACAAAGAGAACGUUUAUGAAGAGCUGCGUCAGUGCGUCCGAAACGCCCCCCAGUUCAGAUUCGACUGGUUCAUCAAGUCCAGGACAGCUAUGGAGCUGCAGAGACGCUGUAACACCCUCAUCUCCCUGAUCGAGAAAGAAAACAUGGAAAUCGAGGAGAAAGAGAGAGCGGAGAAAAAGAAAAGAGCUCCCAAAGGACAAUCAGCCCAAAAACGGAAAGCAGAAGCUUCGUCUGACAGAAAGGAGAAGAAAGCCAAAACCUGAUUCUGUCUUUUAGGGAUUCAGAUCGUUUAUUCAUCAUCCAGUACGACGGCGACCGUUCAUGACUCGGUAUUCCUCCAGCUCCAUCCCAUAAUACUCCCGACUGUUCAGCAUUGUCUCAAAAUCUCAACCAGGACGAAACAAGCAAUCGCGCGCUCCUCUGUGAGUCGGUCUGCAGGUUUUUCUACGCUUCAUUUUUACUAAAGUUUGAUGCACUUUCAGAAAUCAAACCGCGUUCAGCUGCAGUGUUUCUCUCUCAGUAGAUGUUUAGCUUGGCUUUGCAGAACGGGGAACCAUUUCAGUACAUCGUUUUUUAUUUACGUUCUUCUACGUGUUUUAUAAAAAAAUAUAUUUUCCCAUGUUCCGCUUUGACUUUAUGACUUUCUAUGGCCAGUGAUGGGUUAAAAAGUUCGUUUUAUGGUCCGAUUGUGGAUCACGCUGUUUGAAUUGCAUGUGCAGAGCCAGUUUUAUCGCGAACAUCUUUCAUGCGCUGUUUUGUACGUCCGUGUUGUGUUACCUGCUCUGUUUAAGCCUAUUUACAUAUUCAUGUUUCAAUUUUUAAAAAAGAAUUUUUCAGAUUAUCAGUCUUUAUAUGUGUUUGGAUUCUGUGUUAUUAAAAAAACACAAAAAAGAGA